AUGACGAAGGCUAAGAAUAAGGCCACGGCGGCGGUUGACAAUGAGACAUCCUCUGUUCCAGCAGUAACCGUUGAAUCUGACGACGCCAUGACCCUCGUCGACUUGUUUGGGGACCUGGAGAUCGAUGAACUUACUGAGCCUGAAGACAAAACCACCUCUGCCGAAUCGACCAGCGGUAUGAGUUCAGAGGUCAGCACAGACGCCGCUGACAGUGAGGUGAAUCUCAAGAAGUUAGGCAAGAAGGGCAAGUUCGUGGACCCCGAAAGCGAGUCGGGCACAGAAGCAGAGACAUCGUCCAAAGUAACAUCAGAAGCUACUAGCUCAGAGGCAGCCAUGGCUGAGUCGUCAACUUCUGGUGAGACAAGCUCGGAGAAGAGCACGACCGACGAUGCGUCCUCAAAGGGUGCAGACGCCUUUUCUGGGGCCCAGUCAUCGCAUUCUGGCGACUGGACUGUCUCGGAGGACACCCUCAUCCUCAGCAUGAAGGAGGGUGGAGAGACCUGGGCCUCCAUCGGCAACGCCAUCAACAGAGGCAAGAACGAGGUCAAGAAGCGCUGGCAUGUGUUGAAGGUCAACUAUGCCAACUCGACCGAAUCUGGAGGCGAGACUCAGACGGAGUCAGGAGGAGAAACCAUCCAGACAGAAUCUCAGACCGAUACCGAAGCUGAUACCGAAGCUGAUACCGAAGCUGAUAUCAAGCCCGACGAGAGCCAUGACGAGGUCAAGAAGACGGACGACAAGUAUAAGUCCAAAGCAGAGAGAAAGGCCGAGCGCAAGGCCGAAAAGCAGAAGCAGAAGAAAACGGAGAGCCCCAAGUUCGAUGACCAACGACAAGAGUCACAGAAACCUUCUAAGGGGGAGAAGGCCACCGAGGCGAAGAUAUCUGAGCCCAGGCCCAAGUUACCCAAGCAAACAACCAAACCCGCCAAGCCCAUCCCGUCAAAGGACUCGUCGCCAAAGCCUGCUACAGACUCCAACGACGAGACCCCAAGCCUAUCCUACCGAGACCGCUUCAACCUCCUCCGCGACACCUCUUCGGCGUCCGAGUCCUCGCCCGAGUCCUCGUCCUCUGCUACCAGCGAAGAUGAAUACGACGCCGACAACGAAGCUGAUCCCUUGGCCCACUACGAAAGAGAACUCGCCUGCCAGGAACGCUACAUACGCCGCCACGUUCACCCAGCGCUCUACCCUCCUAUGCCGCCGGCCGCGGCGUCAAAGAAGAGGGAAUGGCCGCUUCCCCCGCCCGCCAGCAGACGACCGCCCAGCCCGGCAGACAGACAGCAGCGCCGCGACGACGCGACGCUCGCGGCCUUGGUAUCCAAGAGGGAGGCGACCAAAUGGCUAGAGAUGCAGGCCAACUUUUACAACGCCACGGGCAGGAUGGUGCCGCUACACAUGAUCAAGUCGAGGUGUGAGGCCGAGGAGGACCGGGGUAAGGUGGCGGGCGUUCGUAGCUGGGCUUCUUCGGUGGCUGGUGGCGAGGAUCUGUUGGAUCCCAACGAGGGUCAGGACACUCCUGACGAUGCGCUGGUCGAUGAUGACGAGGAUUGA